CUUUUAUUUUGACUAGGCUGCCAGUGAUCAAGAUCCCACACUGUUUGGUGAUCGUAUUCCCCCGGGGCUCAACCGCUUUCUAUAUGCUCUAGGUAGCAUCAAUACAUCGGAAGGAGCGUAAUCAAUUGCUUUCUUGGUUCCACUGCGGUUGUAUAAUUGUGAUAUAACUCUAGAAGAGUAAGCUGCAAACAUCAUGACCUCUCCAGACCUUCAUCCCCCGGCAGAAAUACGCGCCGCCGCACUUGCAGUCGCAAACGCACUCACUCAAUAUGAGACCUACGCUCUUGUCGGCGGCAGCGCAUGUGUGAUUCUCGGCUCUACCCGUGCAACCCUAGAUAUAGAUUUCGUCGUUCCUCAAGGCGAAACCUCAAACGCAAGACAGUUGCUGCGCGCCUCUCCUGACUUUGAGGUUGAAGCGAGAACGAACCACACAACUUACAAAGCACAAAGACCAGUGCAAAUUGAGAUUCUCACACCACCUCUCUUAUUCAAGGAGCCCUUUGAUCAAAAUACGGAGGUGAUUUUAGUCGAAGGGAUAAAGGUUUUAAAGCCAGCUUUGCUUCUCAAUGCAAAAUGCGGCUCAAUUACUGGUCGAUCUACGGAGGACAAGAGGAAGACUGACUUAUUUGAUAUUAACUUUCUCCUCAACUUCUGCGCUCAGAACCCAGAAUACCUUCCACGGGCUGAUGAGGUUCCAAGAGCAACAAAGCAGCUCGUUGACAUUCUUGUUCAGCUUUAUGGAGGCGAAGAGGCUUGGAUUCAAGCGGGGUAUGACAUGCAGACAGGCCGUUUUAACAGAGAGUAAGCUAAUACCACAAGUGAUGAUUUCUACCAAUACGUACGAGAUGUCGCGCAAUCAUGUAUCAGUUACUAUGGGG